ACGUUGGAAAAUGACAGAAGAAUAUACAAAUAGGUUAGCAACAGAAACAAGUCCUUAUCUUUUGCAACACGCACAUAAUCCAGUUGAUUGGUAUCCUUGGGGUGAAGAAGCUUUUGAAAAAGCUAAAACGGAGAAUAAACCUAUUUUUUUAAGUAUUGGAUAUAGUACUUGUCAUUGGUGUCAUGUAAUGGAAAGGGAAUCAUUUGAAAAUAAAGAUAUUGCAGAAAUCAUGAAUAAAUAUUAUGUCAAUAUCAAAGUGGAUCGAGAAGAAAAUCCAGGUGUGGAUAAAUUAUACAUGUCUUUUGUAACUUAUACUUCACGUAGUGGUGGUUGGCCUUUAUCAGUAUUCUUGACUCCUGAAAGAUAUCCAUUUUUUGGUGCUACUUAUUUUCCUCCUCAAGAUCAAUUAGAUCGACCUGGUUUCAAAACACUUCUUACAAGAAUCGCUCAAGUUUGGAUGUCAUCUCCUGAUAAAGUUCGUUCAAGUGGUGAAAAUAUAAUUUCUCAAUUAAAAACAUUUAUUGAAGCCAAACCAGCUAUUUCAAAUGCUUUAGAUCCAAUAAAAAUUGCAGAAGAAACUUAUGAUGAUUUCAAAAAUUCCUAUGAUGCGAAACAUGGUGGAUUUGGUAGUGCUCCCAAAUUUCCAACUCCUGUUCAACUUUUAUUUUUAAUGGAUUAUGCUUAUUACAAUAAAGAUUCAACACAAUAUGGUGAACAAGCCAAUCACGCUUUAACUAUGGCAACUUCUACUUUACGACAUAUAGCAGCAGGAGGGAUUCAUGAUCAUGUAGGCAAUGGAUUCCAUCGAUAUAGUACUGAUAAUCAUUGGCAUGUACCUCACUUUGAAAAAAUGUUAUACGAUCAAGCACAACUAUUGACUUUAUAUACUUCUGCCUAUCAAUUGACUAAGGAUGAUUCAUUUUUGGAUAUUGUUAAGGAUAUUAUUCUUUAUGUCAAACGGGAUAUGUUACAACAAGAUGGUGCUUUCUAUUCUGCAGAAGAUGCUGAUUCUUUACCUUCCACCAAUGCAACGGCAAAAAAAGAGGGUGCUUUUUGUGUUUGGGAAGCAUCAGAAAUAGAGAGUCUAUUGGAUCCCAAGGAUGUAGAAUUAUAUAAAGAACAUUAUGGAAUUUUGGAUCAAGGCAAUGUUGAUCCUGAUCAAGAUCCUCACAAUGAAUUACAAAAUAAGAAUGUACUUUACAUCAAGACACCAUUAGUAACACUAGCAAAAAAUCAUAAUAUUUCAUUAGAAGAGGCGGAAAAGCGUAUCAAAUCCUGUAACGAGAUUUUAUUACAACAACGACAAACUGUACGACCUAAACCUCAUUGUGAUGAUAAAGUGAUCAAUUCUUGGAAUGGCUUGAUGAUUUCUGGAUUAAGUCGAGCAUUUAGUGUGCUACAUGAUCCAGAUGUUCUCAAUUUGGCGAUUCGAGCGGCAGACUUUAUUUAUCAACAUAUGUAUGAUCCGAAGAAUAAGAUUCUUAUUCGAAGUUAUCGAGACGGACGACCAUCUUCUAUUCAAGGAUUUGGUGACGAUUAUAGUUUCUUGAUCGAUGGAUUAAUUCAACUGUAUCAAGCAUCAGGGAAGGAUCAUUAUUUACAAUGGGCUACUGAUUUACAAGACACACAAAACAAGUUAUUCUAUGAUGAAACUAAUAGUGGUUAUUUUAAUGUGGCGGAACAUGAUGCUUCAGUGCUAUUACGGAUGAAAGAGGAACAAGAUGGUGCAGAACCUUCAAUAAAUGCGGUCUCAGCAAGCAAUUUGAUUCGUUUAUCUACUUUAUUGACUGGCAAGGAAUCACUUUAUAUGGAAAUGGCAAAAAAGACAAUUGAAUCUUUUCGACUUGGACUUUCGAAAUUUCCUUUUGCUCUACCAGCUAUGGUGUCUUCCUUUUUAUUGUUACAUCAUGGUGUGAAAGAAUUGAUUCUUGUAACUGAUAGUACUUCUUCUACAUUGGCAAACAAAAUUGAUGAUUCAUAUGUACCAAACAAGCUUCUGGUAACUUUAAACAAGGAAAAUAGGAAGGAUACUGAUUGGUUAUGCACUCAAAAUGAAAUCAUUGCUCAAAUCAAGAAUCAACAUAUUUCUUCUUCUUCUUUGACACCUUGUGUUUAUAUCUGUGAACAUUUCACUUGUGGUCUUCCUAUUUCUGAUGUCUCUGAAUUAGAAAAAAAGAUGGCCUUUCGUACUGUAGAAAACCCUUCUUCCUCUUCUUGAAAUCUCAAUAAAUUUUUUUUUUUUUUGAUCAC